AUGGGUUCCGUCAAGGACAGCAGUGCCCCCACUAUCAAGUUGGCCGAAUACCUCUUCACCCGCUUGCGCCAGCUAGGGAUAGACUCGGUCCACGGAGUCCCCGGCGACUUCAAUCUCCACCUGCUGGACUAUGUCAAACCGUCCAGACUCCACUGGGUCGGCAACGCCAACGAGCUGAACGCCGGCUACGCGGCCGAUGGGUACGCCCGUAUCAAGGGUAUCGGAGCUCUUAUUACAACCUCCGGCGUCGGAGAGCUCUCGGCUAUCAAUGCGAUUGCCGGAGCGUAUGCUGAGCGCGCCGCCGUCGUUCACAUCGUUGGUACGCCAUCGCGGCAUCUGCAGGACAACAGAGUCAUGCUCCACCAUGGUUUCAACGACGGAGAAUACAGACGGUUUGCGCAGAUGCACUCACAUGUCACCGUCGCGCAAGCCAGCUUACGCUCUGCGAAUGAAACUCCUGCUCAGAUUGACGAGGUUCUGAGGCAGUGCCUGGUGCAAAGCCGGCCGGUCUACAUCGAGGUGCCCCAGGAUCUAGUCUCCGUGCCUAUCUCUGCUCACAAUCUCGAGACACCCGUCUGGACACCCAGUUACACGCCCACAUCUGCAGAAGAAGCUGCUCUGGCGGCCAUUUUGGACAGAGCAUCUUCUGCUCAAAGUCCCUUGAUACUUGUGGACGGCGAGAUAAGACCCCUCGGAAUCGUCGAAGACGUUCAGAAGAUUGUUGCGUCUACCGGCUGGCCCACGUGGACAACCCCUCUCGGCAAGUCCUUGAUCGAUGAGACGCUGCCCAACUUCCACGGCAUCUACAAGGGCAAACAUGCCAAUUCGACCGAGAAAGAGCUCUUCGGUAGCUCUGAUCUGAUCUUGUACUUCGGCCCUCACCUCAGUUCGACAAACACCAACCAGUUCUCCAUGAUCCCCAGACCUGAAGCUUCUAUCAUCUUCACUGAUACCGAGGUCAAGAUCGGAACCCAGGUCUUUCGAGAUGUCACAGCAAGAGCCGUUGUCCGUGCCCUAUCUCAACAAUUGAAGACUUCCAACAUCCAUCGCUAUGACGUCUACCCAGAGCUGCCGAAGGACUUCAAGAUCUCUUUUGCGGACAUUCCGCGCAACGGCAAAAUCGACCACUCCAAGAUCUGGCAUCUUCUGGCCAAUGUCAUUCGACCGGGAGAUGUGGUCCUCGGGGAAACUGGGACAUCCGGGCAUGGAAGCCGAGUCUACCCCAUGCCGCAGCAUUCCAGGCUCUUCCUUCCCUCUACUUGGCUGUCCAUCGGCUACAUGCUCCCAGCGGCACAGGGCGCAGCUUUAGCCCAGCGGGAACUUAUUCAGUCAUCCAAGUACCACAGCAUCGAAAAAGCCCAAACGAUCCUCUUCAUCGGUGAUGGUAGCUUUCAGAUGACAGUGCAAGAGCUUUCAAGCAUCAUCCGCAAUAAUCUGGACGUGAUCGUCUUCUUGAUCAAUAAUGACGGCUACACCAUCGAGAGAUGCAUCCACGGUCUCGAGGAGGGAUACAACGAUGUUGCGCGUUGGCGAUAUCUUCAAGCCCCAAGCUUCUUUGGCGCAAGCCAGGAUAGCUACGUACGCUCUGCCAAGACGUGGGGAGAGCUUGAAGACAUCCUGGGCGAUGACAAGCUGGUAAAUGGAAAGGGAUUGAGAAUGGUGGAAAUUUUCAUGGAUGUCGACGAUGCGCCGGAGGGAGCUUUAUUAGAUCUGAUGAAUGCAGAGAAAAAGAGACUGCAGACCAUGUAA